CGUACACCGAACGUGAUCGCGCGCCAUUUUGUUCACGUAUUCUUGGUGGUGUUGGUCGUUCGCACCCAUUCGCACCGUCGAGGUCGAUUCGGUCGAAUCGGGAUAGACGAUAUCCCAGUCUCUCUAUUUGAUUGUUAAUCGACUUCUAUCUUCGAGGACAGAAACGAUUUGUUUCGACGUCCCGGGGACGGCAUCGUUCGGAACAGGAUUUCAUUAGAUUAGAAAUCAUGUCGAGCGGUAGUGGAGAUCAUGAGGAGGAGGGGUACGUCGUCAAAGUGCGUGGACUGCCGUGGUCCACCACCGUGGAUGAGAUUAUGAAGUUUUUCGGCGAUUGCUCGAUCACGAACGGCAAGAACGGAGUCCACAUGACUACGUCUCGUGAGGGGCGCCCUAGUGGCGAGGCCUAUGUGGAGAUGGAUACUCCAGAGGAUAUUGAGAAGGCUUGCAAAAGAGACAGGGAUCACAUGGGCCAUCGCUAUAUUGAAGUUUUUAAAGCAAAACGUGGCGAGAUGGAAUGGGUUGUGAAGAGGAGUGGUCUCAAUUUGGAGAAUGCAAUGGAUGAUGGUUGCGUGAGAUUGCGCGGCCUACCGUUUGGUUGUUCGAAAGAAGAAAUUGCACAGUUCUUCUCAGGGUUGGAGAUAUUGCCGAACGGGAUAUCGCUACCUACAGACUACACGGGCCGCAGUACUGGGGAGGCUUACGUUCAAUUUGUUAACAAAGAUGUUGCGGAGCGCGCUCUGCAGAAACACAAGGAAAAGAUAGGACACAGAUAUAUCGAGAUCUUCCGAAGCAGUUUAUCUGAAGUACGCGCUAGUAUUGGGCCUAAAAUGCGCGGCGGUCCCAUGGGCGGCUUCAAUCAGAGGCCCGCACCGUAUACUCGCGGCGAUCGUUUCGGUGGGAUGAAUCGCUUUAGCAACAACGGCAGAGGAUCCAGAAAUAGAGGUGAUUCCUUUCAUCUAUCGAAGUACGAAGACAAUCGUGCAGGAAAAUACCGUAAUAGAGACUUAUUAUACAAUUCACGUACUAAUUUAUUACACUUCGAUAACGGCCCAUGGGGAAGCGGGAAUAAUUAUGGAUCUCGUGGCGGUAAUAUGGGAAUGCGCGGCAACAUGGACAUGAAGGGUGGCAAUUACAGAGGCAACAAUGACUCCUGGGGAGGUAACUCCGGAGUAUACAGUAUCCAUAUGCGAGGACUACCGUUCAAGGCGACGGAACAAGAUAUAGCUGAUUUCUUCAGACCACUUGAACCGGUGAACGUCCGUAUUAUUCUUGAGAAUGGCGGUCGUCCAUCGGGAGAAGCUGAUGUGGAAUUUGCGACGCACGAAGAAGCCGCAAAAGCAAUGUGCAAAGAUAAGAGCCACAUGUCGCAUAGAUAUAUCGAACUGUUCAUGAAUUCAACCGGCGGAUCGAAUAGUAUGUCAUUAAGCGGUAUUGGCAAUUUCUGUGGAGGUUUAAGUAACAACUUCAGGCCGGGAUAUUCACCAAACAACAGGGGUUUCAACUCACAGUUAGGCGGCAGUAAUUAUAAUAGUUUUUGAGAUCGGGCUAUGCGUUUCUAACGCUAAAUGACGAUUAUAAACAUCCAAAAUAAUCGAAGGUGAAGAAAACACUUUUAAAUCACAUUGAUGCAAUAUGAAUAAAUGUUUUCCUUUUUUUGUAGUUUUGAAUAUAUAAUUCCUUAAAUAUUAAUCGUAAGCCAAAUUAAUAGUGUAUAGGUACUUGCUUAUUCUUUUCUUUUAUAAUACAUACAGAGAUAUGUAAUUUACAUAGAAUAUGUAAUUUAAUUACGAGAGUGAACUUAAAAAUGACAAUUUAUCUUCAAUAACGUAAGUCGUUUUUCUUUAAGCUAAGCGCAAUGUCAACAGACAAUCGUAUGUGGAGAUGAGAUACAAACUGAAAUUCUUUAGAGUAAUAUAUAUGGGAAAGUGUUGCUUUUUUUAUAUGCUAUUAGAUUAAAGCAUAUUUCUUGUUUUCCACAGCGAUGUCUUCUAAUUGAAUAUCAAAUGAUUAGAAUUAUUAUUUUAUAUGAUACAUAAGCACACAUUACAUGUCAUAAUGGCUUUGAUGCAAGCUUGGACAUGAUAGUCAUUAAUAUGCAUCGAGAUAUAGCGACGAGCUGUAAAGCGCAAAAUAUACGAUUGUAAUAUACACGGACUGCCUAGUAGUUCGCACCUCAAUAAGUUUAUCGCAUUGUCUUAUGUACCGUAACGCAGGAUAAGUUAAAGCGCUCACCCUCGUCUCAGUGUAGCACGAUAGUGUACUAUUAUAUAACCUUGAGAUAAAAAUUAAGAUAAGAGAUAAGAAUUAUAGUUUUUAUUUGUAUAGAUGUUACGAAUCAUAUAUAAGGAGAUGUCGUCUGACAAAUGUCAAUGUUGUGUAACGUAUAAGUCUAGUUUUGGUUUAUAUUCCUUGAAAGAUUUGAAUAAAAAAACAAGGUGGAACACAA